ACCAAUCUGGCCGAAGUGGACCAGAUCACAAACUCCUCAGAAAGGCCUUUUUCUUCUUUGAAUCUUCCAUUUUCAUCCUUAAUCCUCCAUGGGCAAGGGUGGUGGUUGUGUCCCCAGCAAGAAAAAGCAUCCUUCCUCCGCCGAAGACCCUGCUCGCCGCCGUGGGUCUUCCACAACAGCCGCCAACAACGCACCCAUCCCCGCCACCGAUGAAGAAACCCGCGAAAUCCCCGCCUCGACGGCGGAUUCCGUCAAUACCCAAUCAGUCGCCGCGACCCUGAAAGUGUUCAUCGUUUUUUAUUCCAUGUACGGGCACGUGGAGAAGCUGGCGAAGCGGAUGAAGAAAGGGGUGGAAGGCGUCGAAGGUGUGGAGGCAGUUCUUUUUCGGGUCCCCGAGAUGCUUCCGGCUGAUGUAUUGGAGCUCAUGAAGGUUCCGCCUAAAGACCCAGAAAUUCCGGAGAUUACGGCGGCGGAAUUGGCGACAGCUGAUGGGUUUUUGUUUGGGUUUCCGACGAGAUAUGGAUGUAUGGCGGCUCAAAUGAAAGCGUUUUUCGAUUCCACGGGUCAGCUCUGGAAGGAGCAAACGCUGGCCGGGAAACCUGCUGGAUUCUUUGUUAGCACCGGAACUCAAGGAGGCGGCCAAGAAACCACCGCUUGGACGGCAAUAACCCAGUUAGCGCACCAUGGAAUGCUAUUUGUUCCUAUUGGCUACACUUUCGGAGCUGGUAUGUUCAAGAUGGAUUCCAUACGAGGAGGUUCACCAUAUGGUGCUGGUGUUUACGCUGGUGAUGGCACAAGAGAACCAAGUGAAACCGAGCUAGCUCUUGCAGAGCAUCAAGGGAAGUACAUGGCCGGUGUGAUCAAGCGGCUUUAUCAGGCAUGACAUCCCCCCCACACUUUUGUUUUUCAAUCUAUUCUUCAUUAAAUUGAACUGUGUUUCGGGUUUGUGUAUUGGUCUUUUGGCAUAUUUGUACUGUUAGCAAUCCAUCAUGAAAAGAUAGUCACACGAAUUAUUGGUACCCUCUUUUUUCAAAUUCCAUUUCAGUUGAGAAACAUGUACAUGAUUUGAUAUUCUUAUGGGCUUUGUCUUAUCAAAUAAGAUGUCUAUAUUUGGGAAAUAGGGUUCUUGGUUUUGUAUAAUUUUCUCCAUGUAAUUCACUCAAAAGCUUUCAUUUAAUAAAGAGAAAAAAAAUUGUGUUGCAUUUUGUGUAA